AUGGAAUCUUUGGCAACAACCAUUCGUUUCGUCACGCUGAACUGCCGAACACUAUCGAGUGAACUCCAACAAGCCGCUCUAUCCAGACUUCUGCGAUAUCUCUGUGUGCCUUUUGCUGCACUGCAGGAAACACGCAUGAGAGAUCGGCCCGUCAUCAGCAUCGAAAAUUACACCAUAUACUGCGGCGAUGCUGGUGAGAACAAAGUAGGUGGCUCCGCCAUAGCUGUGAGGAACGAUUACAAGAACCUGGUGGAGGAAUUUGGCUCAACGUCGUCUAGUUGCGCCUUUUUACGACUGCGGGAUCGCGGAGGACGUAAACUCUGCAUCGUAAAUGCUCACGCACCUACGGAAACCGCUGAGGACAACAGUAAGGACGCCUUCUAUGACGAACUCAAUGCGUUGAUGUCUAAAAUACCAAGCCAGCAGGUGGUCAUUGUCGGAAUCGACGCAAAUGCGAAAAUGGGACUCGAACAGCAAUCCAAUGUACUAGGAAAAUGGUACUAUGCAGAGGAGCGCACGUCGGACAACGGUGACCGUCUGGUCGACUUGUGCGAACAGACGGGCGUCAUCAUCGCUUCCACGUUUAGGAGGAAUCAUCGACGCCAUCAGCUCACGUGGCAGGGGUCAACCCUUUUAACGUCUGAAGAGCAGCGCAAGCGGAAGGUGAGAACUCUUAAGCUUCAGCUCGACUACGUUCUGGCGAGGAGCAUUGCUCAGUCAGAUCCGAAAAUCUAG